AUGCCUUCCAAGACAAUGUUCUUGUUCCUCCUUGCGGCGUUUAUCGCCAUCUUUUUACCCCCCUUCCUCAUCUCCUCUAAGCACCUCGAGGUGAUCGGCGCGCUCGUCCAGGCCCGCGAUAUCGCGGUUACCGCCUUGGUCGACGCGCCCCCUCGUCUGUCCCCCUUCCUGUCCCAUGCCGUCAUCAUGGUUGACACCCUCUUCGCGCUGUACGCACAAUUGUGCGGCGUGCUGUCGUCUGGCCCCCUCGUGGAAUCUCGUUACAGGACCCAUAGCUGUUACGAGAGAAUCUACCGUGGCAACGACAUUCUUUAUCCGGUUGGGAAUGCCCACUUCGCGAUGUACCAGGGCUUCUGCAACGGCGUGGAACGGGGCCUUAGGCUCCCGGGUUUCGUAGACCGGGUGCCACUGCCCCGAACUCCCGUCCUCCUUGCGCUCCUUGGCGUCGUGGGCAUGGCCCUCUUGCCCGCCCUCCACAUAACCGCCAUACGUGGCUCCCGACUCGUUGUCCGCUUCGCAAGACGCCUCACGGCAUUUGGUCAGAGUUUCCUCGCCUGUGCCGUGUCGAUCGUUGUCUCGACUCCCAUUGUCGUCAACGAGACGUUCCGGCAGAUUGCCUUGCCCAUUCCAGCCGCAGUCAAUAUCAUCAGUGUCAUCGUCGCCGGCCUAACCAGCAUUGCUUUGGUCAUCUUGACCAUUGUCACAUGCUGGGGAAGCCAGAUGUUUGACGCUGCCUACGCGUGGUGGACCGGCGGAAGAAAGUUCUCGGACGUUGCCGGCGUCGACAAGGGCACCCAAACCCCGAGGAACUUGUCGGGUGUUUGCAAGGAACGAGCUCUCGACUGCAAGGACAUGGUCCGUCGGUACAUAGCGGCCGACAAUGCUCUUGACAACGAACGUCACCAGCAUCGCGACGACAUCGCGCGACGAGACAAGGUCCUCCGAGACCGAGAUGCCGAAAUCCACCGUCUUCAUAGGGCACUGGCGGCACGAGACAAGAAACUCGUGGCUGUGAAGGAGGAGCUUGCGGCCUCAAAGAUGGAGUCCGCAAAGUCGAGCCAAGAUGCUCGCAAGGCCAGUAACGAGCAGAGUCUCGAGCGAAAGCUCACUUCCCUCAAACAAGAGGCGAAGUUUGCCGAGCUCGAAGGCGACAACAUGCGCCUAGGAGAGCAGUUGAUCGCCGCGAACCAGAAGAUUGAGGCUCUUGAGAAAGACCUCUCGAACGAGAAGCACGCCCGCGCCCAAGAGCAGAAGGGAACUCUGGAGGCAGCCCAAGCCGCAGUAGGCUUGAGCCAGUCAAAGGAGGCAGAGGCGGCGCAAAAGGUCGAGAGACUCGGGCAAGAGCUCUCAGCCUUGAAGGACAGCCUCGCCAACGAGCAACAGGCCCGGCUGGAGGUAACCCAGAGUGCUGAAGCGCACAUUCGAGCGCUUGAGGCAGAGGCGACCCAACGGAUCGGGGCCCUCGAGCAAUCCCUCGCGGCGCAGCAGCAGGAACAUGCUGCCCAGCUGCAGUGGAAGGACCUCGAGGCAACCCAGGCCAAGGGCCGUCAGGCCGAACUCGACAAGGUGGCGGAGCACAAGCUGGAGAGCAUCCAGCGACAACUUACGGCCGAACGAAAAGCCGGUGCCGAACGGGAGGUGAAGCACUAUAACGCUUUGAAAGACGCCGAGGCAAAGUUCGAGCGGCUUGUGGAGACAAGACGGCCAAAGAAGCAGAUCUCGGACUGGCCAGUCGAGGACUUGUUGGAGGAGGUGGUUCACCUCGUCAACGAGGAGAACCCCUUCGCUGACAACGUCACCACCUAUUAUUGGGCACAAGAGCUCAAGGGGAAGUUGAACAAGAAACUUCCAUCAGAAGACGUGCCCGAUUCUACCAAGGAAGCGGAGCCGUCCGAGGAGACUCAAGCCUCCGCAGCGAGUCUCGCCGCUCGGCAUAUCAAGCCUUGCAAGGGUCCUUCAGCCAAGUUGGCCGCUGGAGGUGGCCGCAAGGCCGAACAAAAGUGA